GUAAGAGUUGCUGACGCGCCGCAUAUGACAUACAUCUAUCGCUAAAGUCUCUAGGACGACCCGACCCUUAGACAUCCCAGGCUGCCGCGCUUCCCUUCGGGUUAGAUGUUACAUACUGCUUAAGAUAUAUUCGAAGCCAGAAUGGAUUCCGCCCCUUCAGACAAUGCACUAACACGGACAGGGCGUCGGCUGAGCCAGCGGCUUCAACAUUUCCUGGACAGAACCUCCCCACACACUACUGCUCGAUGGAUCUGCCUUGUAGUAGCACUGUUCUGUUACGUGGCGCGCGUAUCGUACCUUCGGGGAUUCUACAUUGUCUCCUAUGGCCUGGGUAUCUACAACUUGAACUUGUUACUCGGUUUCAUCACACCGCAAAUUGACCCGGAGCUGGAGGGGCCAGAGCUCCCCACUAAAGCGGAUGAGGAGUUCCGGCCCUUUGUUCGCCGGCUGCCGGAGUUUAAGUUCUGGUACGCCUCCCUAAAGUCCAUCCUGCUGGGGACGGCCAUGACGUUCUUCCGUUUCUUCGACGUGCCGGUCUUCUGGCCUAUCUUGUUGCUGUACUGGUUCGUACUCUUCUUCGUCACCAUGAAGCGGCAAAUCAGGCACAUGAUCAAGCACCGCUACGUGCCGUUCACCUUCGGGAAAAAGGUAUGGAAAGGGCUCGGUCGCAAAGGACUCGAAAUGAAGGCCGCUAGCGGUGGCAGCAAUGGCGGAGCAGGGAGCAAGGAGCAACCCCUUUAAUGCAGCGCUUUGCGUCAACGUACGGCACCUAGUAGCGUUGCUUUUCUGACAUAGAUUUCCGGGUGGAUAGGGAACGAUGGCAUCAGCAGCGGUUGGCACUGGUGCUGUAGUAUUGUAAUUAACUGUGGCUUCGGGGUAGGGGUAGCUGACUAGCCGAGUGGUUUCGCGUUCCGGACUACUUCAUGUUUGCAUGGCUGGCUGCAUUUGUCGCGGGUUCCAAGAACGUUACCACGGCUCGCGUGAUUACACUGUCGCGGGCUUUGCUUAGCUGGGCAAGCAGGGUCUUAGGCUUGUUGGGCAGGAUUUGAGCGGGGAAUGAUGGUAAUGCCAUGACAACUCAUCGUCCGCCGCCCUGACUAGGACUCACUUUGUUUCUCGUAGUGUCCUUGGCCCCCUGGCUCGUACGGACGCACUGUACAAGCGUACAGGCGCGUGUGACGUUGGUGGACGCAUUUGUGUGCCGAUUUCCGCACGAGGUCGGCCUAUGUCGAGCAUAUCAGUGAUUUGGUAUCGUAAUACCUAGUAUCACAAUCGUGCGUUGCUGGCAAGGCUGGAUUGUCUUUCAAGCGAACCCCAAAAGGUUGUAAACCGUCAUGCGUGG